AUGAACAUCCGGCUGCAGGGCCACGACUUUGUGCCCCUCGAAAAGUACCAGGCCUACGUGCACAAGAUUGCCAAAAAGUUCCAGUUUCCGGUGGUGGAUAGUUAUGCCGUCGCCGCGCAAACGAGCCGCGCCACCACCUUCAAGCCGCAGUCGACGAUUGUCGACGAGUCGAUCGGCCUGUCGCGGUACGAGAGGGUGGUUCGAGUAGGCCCGAUCCCGGCGCCACGCGUCCAGCUCUUCCUCCAGAUGAUCCGCGCUCACAAUCCGAUCGGCGUUACGAUGACAGUCAAGGAGCACGAGAAGGCCGACGAGGACUACCGCUACAUCCCCGACCUGAUGCUCAAGGAGAAGCAGACCGAGCUGAAGAGCCUCGACGACCCGGCCGUGCGCCGCAAUCUCGGAUGGGAA